AUGGGAAUCUGGUAUAAAAAUUUAAUAGAACAAUCACAAAACCGUAUAGCUAUUAAACGAGAUAAUAAUAGCUGGUUAGUACGUGAUACAAGUCAAUUAAUAGUUUUAGAAUGUCACAAAAAUAUGGAUCCUUUAGUCUUAAAACAAAAUCAAGUUGCAAUACCAAGUACUACAGUAGGUUUCAUAAAUAUUGACAAUAAUAAUUUUUUGCGUGCAACUGUUCACCAAAUGUUUCCAAAUCUGUAUUCCGAUUAUCAUAAAGUAACCCAAUGUUUUCAAAAAGAAAAUAAACUAAAAAAGUCAUUACAACGAAAAAGCAAAAAUCUUUCAACAAAGGAAAUACAAGCACUUAUAGUCAAAUAUAAUGAACUUGUUGCUCAUGUAUAUAAUCAAAAUCGCAAAAUAUCAUAUUUACAACAGCAAGUUGACUCUUUUAAAGAUUUAUACAAGCAACGAAUUAAUUCAAUAAAUUCUUAUCAAAAUAUUGAAAAAAAAAUCGACCAAGCAAUUAAAGACAACCAACUAGAUACAGCAAAAAAGUCAGCUUCUAUGGCUUUUCAAAAAUGUAUAGAAUAUAUAAUUAACCUACCAGAUUCUACUACUUUAUCAAACCAUUUUAUAAUUACAAAACAAUUUCCUGUCAGAUUUGAUACAUCUUGGUCACAUUGUCAAUUAGCUAAUCAAGGAAGUGGUGAAUUUAUUUUUCAGACAACAAUUCCAGAUUGUGAAGAAUUAUUAGAAAAGCUUGCACAUAAUUAUGAUUCAAAUAAAUUAGACAUUUUUCACGGAAAAAUUACAGGAAAUACUAGAAAACUUACUUUAGCAAAGUGGAUGAAUGGAAACACAAAAAUAAUGAUUGCUACAACUGCAUUUGGAAUGGGAAUAAAUAUGAAACAUGUGUGCCUUGUAAUUCACUUGACAUUUCCUUUUAGUAUAACUCACCUUAUUCAGCAAGCCGGUAGAGCUAGUCGAGAUCAGUCUUUGGCAAAAAGUGUAAUAAUGUAUUCAAAAAAUGAUCUUCAUACGAACUAUUCAAUUCUCACACAAGAUCAAGAAAAAGAUAUUAUGUCAGUAAGCAAUGAUCAAAAAUUAAAAAACAUUCAACAAAAACUAUUUGAAGUUACAAAUUAUUGUAUAGAUAUAUACCGAUGCCGAUUUCAAACUAUUACUAAUUACCAUGCAUGGCCAAAUGACCCAGUACUUCUAUCAUGCAAUAUAUAUGACAAUUGCAAACGUCGUAAUAAAGAAAAACCAAAAAAGAUUGAUGCAUCAGAAGAAAUAAUAGAAUUAUUAAACUUAGUAGAAAAACUAACCUGUCAAUAUUCUGGUGAGGUAAUUCCAUUAAAUAUUAUAGAAAUGUUCAGUUUGGCAGAUAAUGCACGACUUAGAAAAAGAGGUUAUAAAGAGCUCAUAGGUGAGCGUACUAGUCAAAAACCAAAAAUUUUGAAGAACAAAGAACUUGUAACUUUAGCAUUAUCAGAUCUCGUAGUUAGAGGAUUAGUAAGACAAGAAAUUAUACUUCGCCAUCCAAGUCCAAUGGCAGCAUAUCUUACUUGUACUGUAGUAGUACAUAGAAUUAAUGAAGGUGCAAAAGAAAAGGUCCAAAUCGAAAAAUGGAUGUAUUGGCGAAAAUAG